CGGUUUGGGCAUCAGUGGAUUCGAGUAGAGCAGCGAGGAACAAGCUAAAGCAGGUUUGUGAAUGCAGCAUAAUGGGGUGUCCCAUAAAUGCUUGAAAUCAUCAUAAACUGUGCCACUGGAAUUCCCUUUGCUCAACAGUCUACACAAUGUACGUCUGGCUAGAGAUGGCUCACAUCUUUAAAUUUGGAUUUAAUGGUGAGGUUAAGAAUGCCACUGCUGAGAGGGCACUGACUUCUCAAGAGGAAAAUGAUGCAAAAGGAGAUGAUGAUCCCGAAAAGCUUUUCCAGUGCCCCUUUGACAAGAAUCACUGGAUCCGAGGCUGCCGCUUCCCUUACCAUAUUAUAAAGUGUGUGAAGAACCAUCCAGAGACGGCCCGUGAAAUGAAAACAUGCCCCUUUAACGCUCGCCACAUCAUGCCCAAGUACAAGCUGGCAGGCCACACAGAGACCUGUCCAAACAGAGUGCCUCUAGACAAGCAAAACGAUGCAAAUGCAACAGGAAAGCAGAAUUGGCAUGUCCCAGUCAGCACCUGGGUAAAUCCGAACAUGGCUGAAGACUGGGAUGAAGAAAUUGAAACGGGGGCAACUCCAUUUGUGUGGGGCGUAAAUCGGAAUUUGAAUUUGGCGAUGGAGGCAAAACCAGUCAGCAAUCUUGGCUCAAAUUCUAGGACACCAAGUAAACUCCCAUGGACAGAUUAUAAGUAAUAACUUGUAGUUGGAUUUUUAAUAUUGUGUGUGUGAUUAUAUUUUUCUUUUUUAAGAACAGUAUAGGUGGGCUUGUUUAGUACAUAAUGGUGUUUCUUAAAACUUGUUCCAAUAGGUUUUGGCAUAACUAGGCUUAGUCUGACUUUCACACUAAGCAGGAUUAUUUUCUUCAGAGAAUUGCUUUUUUCCACAGUAGACUGUGAAUGUAUUCUAUUAAGUGGUUUCUAGUUUCUCUCUCUCUCUCUCUCUCCCUCUCCCUACAAGAGGCUUCCAUUUGUUUGAGGUUCCACAGUGGAUUUUUACAAGACAAAUAUUAUAGUCUGUUCUUUGUGCUUUUUUUUUUUUUUUUAACUACUUUAUCAUCUUAAUGUUUGGAAUAAACAAUUGUUAGGAAAUAUCU